GGCUGCGGCUUCUUAUCGGAGCGGCGGUGGUGGUGGCUGUUGCCGAGGCUCGGUGGCGGCCGGCCGGCUAGUUAGCCGGCGCAGGGGGUCCCGAGUGUCGCUCUUCCCAUCAGAGCCGCGGUCUGGGAGCCUGUCAAGUCUGCACUCCCCGCUCGUUAGUGCCACCGCCGCCUGCAUCGCCGUUGCUUUCUUCCUUGUGUGUCUGGGGAAGUAGGUCUGCGGGAGGCUCCGGAGCCGGCGGGCCGCCGCCGCCGCUCAGCCUUCCUCCCGGCCGGCAACUCCUGAUUACCGGUAGAGUGGCCGGACCCCAUCCUUCUCAGACGGGGGUGGGGGAGGAAAUAGCCCAUUGCCACCCGCUCUCACCUCCCCAGCCAGAGGUCUGUAUAUAAGACUGGGAGCCUCUGUUCUGUUUCAGGUCUAUGUCCUUUGUGGCAGCCAUGGAUAAAAAAGAAUGGAUUGAAGAAAAUGGAGAACCAUUAAUUGACCCACAGAGAAUGUGUGGUAUGAAAACAACAUAUAGAUAUUCCAAGGAAAAACUACUAGAAAUCAAAGAGUACCCAUAUGCCAAACGGAGACCAGCAUGCCUUUUGGAAAAAUAUGAUAGUGAAGGUAUCUGGGACCCUGAGAAGUGGCAUGCGUCCUUGUAUCCUAGUUCAGGCAGGAGUUCACCAUCGGAUGGAAAUAAGAAGGAUUAUGCUUCGGAUCUCGACAGGGCAGUUCUCAAACGCAGAAUUGCAGAUCCGCGAGAGAGAAUUAAGGAAGAAGAUAUUGAUGUUGUGCUCAGUCCGCAACGUCGGAGCUUUGGUGGAGGCUGUCACGUGAUUAAUACUUCUAACUCCCGGAGAUCUGGAAGCCCACUGGAAAAUAAAGAAAAUGAAAAUAUCCGUGGAUUGGGGGGCCAGCGGAGAAUUGGCAGUGGACGGAUAAUUACAUCAAGGAACUUUGAUCGAGAUGGCCGAGACAAAGACUUGCGUGACAGAGAUGCGCGAGAGGGAAGAGAUCGAGAUUACAAGGAAAAGCGCUUUCGGAGGGAGUAUGGUGAUGGUAAACGCAUUUUUGGUGAGCGGAGGCGAUGUGAUUCGUACACUGAAGAGGAGCCAGAAUGGUUCUCUGCUGGUCCCACUAGUCAGUCAGAAACAAUCGAGCUGACUGGCUUUGAUGAUAAAGUACUAUUGGAGGAUCCAAGACGGCCAAAGCGAUGGAGGAAGCGAUCAGAAACUCUUAAAGAAGGUGUAGAAUGCAAUGGUGGUAGUGGUCAAGAGGCAGAUACAUCCACAGUUCCUACAACAGAAGCUGACCAAGAAGUUCCUCAGGAAGCAGUUCUACCUGAAUCAACACCAGGAGAUUUUGACUUCAAUGAGUUCUUUAACAUGGAGAAGAGUGUACCUGGACUGGCAUCGAUGAUAGAAGAGGUGCUGGGUGAAGGAUCAGUGUCGUCCAGCCGGUUCAGCCAGUGGUUCUCAAGUAAUUUGAGUAGACCAGGUAGUCGAUCCAGUAGCUUGCGAUCUACCCCACAUGAAGAACUUGAAAGACUUGCUGGUCUAGAGCAGAGGAUCCCAACACCUGUUUCGCAGCUUGGUAACUACUUCGCUCCCAUUCAAUCGAGAGAAGAUAAUAAGGAGGUUAAUAAAAAGGUUGAUAUUCUAGAGAUACUGCGAAAAGCAAAUGUGGAUGUGAAACCACUGCUGUCCAAUCUCACUGCCAACAAGGAAAAACUAAAGGAGAGUUCACAGACUGGAGUGGUGUUGUCUGUGGAGGAAGUGGAGGCAGGGCUGAAAGGUCUCAAAGUGGAACCAGAAAGGAAACUUGCCACCCCUUUCAUGGUGGAACAUCUGGAACAGACUUUGACUGCAUCAUCAGGCCCCAAACCAGUACAACAGAGAGAUAUGGACAUGACUGCUUUCAAUAAGCUGGUUAACACUAUGAAGGCAAGUGGGACUCUGCCUUCACAACCAAAGCCCCCUGAGAUUCUACCACCCCGUGUAAUGGGGCCUCCGUCGCCAGAUAUUCUAGGCGACCUGCUUGGCAGUCAGAAUCAUCAUACAUCAGCUUUAUUAAAUCAGCGAGGCCAUUCCUCUCCAAUACCAACAUUCCAGCAGCCAUCCCCAUCAGAGUUCUUUAGAGUCAAGUCGCCAAUUGGUUAUGCUCAAAAUGCUCCACGCAUUCGUGAUCACUUCCAAGGAUUGCCAUUGCCCAAAAACGUAUCACCUGUUCCAGCUCCACAGGCUGUUACUCCAUCCCAACUGGAUGUACGGCACAGUGCCGUGGAAGGCCUUCCCUUUGCACAGGAUUUGCACAUGCCAGGUGGUGAUGUUUACCAACCUGGCUAUGGAAAGAUGCACCAUGAUCACAGCCGGGAUGGCUAUAGAGUCAGGCAACAACGAAUUAGCCGAUCACCUGGGCCACCCAGUCAACACAGGCUUAAUGCAGCAUCGCCAUCACAAGCUUCCUCAUUUACAAGCAUGCUUUCUCCAUCAUUCACCCCUACCUCAGUGAUCCGGAAGAUGUUUGAAAGCAAAGACAAGGGCAAGGAUGGGAAGGAGAACCAUCCUGUAAAAGACACUGCAGAGGAUGGACACAUCCUAAUCGAAGAUCAUCUCUCUCCUGGCUCUCCGAUAGAAAACACGGACAGAGGGGCAUCUCCUAUUGGAGGGACAAGGUCAUCCUACCACAGAUCCACUUGUACGACUCCCCAAUUAAACCAGAUGCGUUUCACCAAAGACCAAGACUACAGACCCAGAUCCACAGGAAGGAAAACUCCCACCAGAGCCUCUCCAGUUCCUGGAUCACCAUUUCCUCGCCCUAUUUGUCCUGUACCUAUUAUGUCACAUGUACCACUUGUCCACCAGUCUCCUCCUCACCUGCCGCCUGGGGUAGUUCAGAGAAUGCUGGCACAAGGCAUGUCACAACAGCAGUUACAUCCUGCACUCCUUCACACAGGUAUGUUUCCAUCAGGUGUGGAUCUGUCUCAUUUGCAGAGCAUCCCUCCAACCCUCCUUGGGCAGACUUUCUACCCUCUUCCAACAAGUGGACUUCCUCUCCUAAAUCCUCGAGCAACACUCUCCUCCACACAAAUUCAGGCAUCUGCAACACCAUUGCAACACCUGGCCAUGAUAAGACAAGUGCUGCAGUCUCCCAGUGCAGCUGGCCAAGCACAUGGAGCCCACCUGCACCUGAACCAGCAGAAUUCUACUCUGAGGCCUCUCCAUCAGAGAAGUGGGUCCCCUGUUAAUCUCUCCAAAUGGUUUGGCAAUGAUGUUCUUCAGCAGCCAUUACCAUCUAUGCCCAGCAAAGUGAUCAGUGUGGAUGAACUUGAGCUCCAUCAAUAGCAGUGUGGCAAUAUAGAACAUGAUAUUUGGAGAGUGUUUUAGUAAUGUACCUGCAGGCAUCCAAAUACAGGGGGAGUGUCCUAAAUAUGGAUUUUUUUUUUGUCACCUGUGUUUCUUGGCCCCUGUUUUGACUUCUCUACUGACCGUGGGGACAAAGUUACUUGGGAGCGCCACCACCUGGGGAUUAUAACUAAAUGGUAGCAGUCAGGUUGCCAGAGGUCUGUGUCUGUGGGACAAGUGCCUGCAUUAAACAUUGGAUACUUCUGGAAAGAAUACAGUUGAGCUCUUAAUGUUCCAAGGAAAAUGCAGCCAGAAAGGGGGGAUUUUACGAACAUUAAAAGCCACCAUGAGAAUUGUAUAGACACUUGUGUACAGGAACUUGUGUAAAAUAACACUGCUUACAUCUGUACAUAAGCAUCUGCAGUGGCUGACUAUGACUGUGUAUAUAAAAUGCUGCUGGAUGGAUGAAUGCAAUGACUCCUGUACUCCAGUUUUGCUGAAAUAUAUUUUGUAAGUUUUUUUUUGUUUGUGGAAUUUGCAGCAUGAACAACUUUUGAGGGAAUUUUAAUUUCCAAUGCACCACGUGGUUCCUCAGGUCUGUUGGCAGUGACCAGUAGAUAGGAACUAAGCAGGCAUCGCUGUACUGGGAGUGUUAUAUGUGUGUAUAUACUAGAUUCAUUUUAAUACUGGGAGCAGGAAAAGGCCAGAAGACCCUGUAUGUACAUUUUUUUUUGUUGGAAAAUCUAGGUCAGACCAGAUCAGGUUUAUAUUGCUGUUGGGCUGGGAACUGAAGGCCUUCAGUGGGAAGCCUUCCCAACUUGACUCUAAUGUCCACAAAGGGAGAGUGGGGCUUGAUUUCAGUAACUUUCUUUUUGAAACUAGUGGGUGAGAACUCUGGAAUCUGACAGUUGCUUACCAGUAGGGGAUCCUAGCCCCCAUAGCACCAGUACAGACCAUGUAUUGCCUCUGGUGCUCAUUAACUGAUGAGAGAAGUUUAUUUUGUGUGCCUUUUCUGUUAUGUGGCUGAAAUGCUUUCAUUUUCUUUCCUCAGUCUCCCCUUGCCCACCCUACCCAAUUUAAUGUACAGCCCCUUCACUCCACUGAAGAACACUGCUUUGUAUUGUCCAGAAAUGAGACCUGUAACUUUUCUGCAGUUUGCUGUUUUAGGGAAGGGAAAAGCACAAAUUGAUUUACAAAUGAAGCGAAUAAAAUUUCACAUCUCAA